CCCCCCCCAAUGGCCUCCUGCGCAUGCGCGCUGAGCCCUGGUCCGCCGACAGAGACGGAGAGACCUUUUCAACCUUGUGGCCGGCGACAUGUCCCUGCUGGGAGCUCAGAGAGCGGCGGGCAGGCUGCUGAGGGGAAGCAAGAACGCUGCAUGCGUCAUAGUUGCUGCAAGGAAUAAAAGCUCCUCAUCGAAUUUGAAGGAGGUUCUUGCUGACCUUAUCCCGAAGGAGCAGUCCAGGAUCAAAGCUUUCAAGCAGCAAUAUGGCAAAACAGUUAUUGGACAAAUUAGUGUGGAGAUGGUGUACGGUGGGAUGCGAGGAAUGAAGGGCUUGGUGUAUGAAACGUCGGUACUGGACCCAGACGAGGGUAUUCGUUUCCGUGGCUACAGCAUACCGGAGUGCCAGAAGCUUCUACCAAAGGCACCUGGGGGAGAGGAGCCCCUUCCCGAGGGGUUGUUCUGGCUGCUCGUCACUGGAGAAAUCCCCACACAGGAGCAGACCCAUUGGGUGUCUCAGGAAUGGGCCAAGCGAGCUGCUUUGCCAUCGCACGUCGUCACGAUGCUGGACAACUUCCCGAACAACCUGCACCCGAUGUCCCAGCUCAGCGCAGCAGUCACAGCACUCAACAGCGAGAGCAGCUUCGCUCGUGCCUACUCCGAGGGAGUCAGCAAGACAAAAUACUGGGAGUUUAUCUACGAGGAUUCGAUGGAUCUGAUCGCUAAACUACCCUGCGUGGCGUCAAAGAUCUACCGAAACCUGUACAGGGAAGGCAGCAGUAUCGGAGCCAUCGAUCCCAACCUCGACUGGUCCCACAACUUCACCAACAUGCUGGGUUACACACAAGCCGAGUUCACAGAUUUGAUGAGACUGUACCUCACCAUUCACAGUGAUCACGAGGGUGGCAAUGUCAGUGCUCACACCAGCCACCUGGUGGGCAGCGCUCUCUCUGACCCCUAUCUGUGCUUCGGAGCGGCGAUGAACGGACUGGCCGGACCCCUUCAUGGGCUCGCCAAUCAGGAGGUGCUAGCCUGGCUAACCAACCUGCAGGCCGAGCUGGGCGGUGAGGUGUCCGAUGAGAAGCUGCGAGACUUCAUUUGGAACACGCUGAAUUCUGGCCGGGUGGUUCCUGGUUAUGGCCACGCUGUACUUCGGAAGACUGACCCUCGAUACACCUGCCAGAGAGAAUUCGCCCUCAAGCAUCUGCCCAACGACCCCAUGUUCAAGCUGGUGGCUCAGCUCUACAAGAUCGUCCCCGGGGUGCUCCUGGACCAGGGCAAAGCCAAGAAUCCCUGGCCAAACGUGGAUGCACACAGCGGAGUCCUGCUACAGUAUUAUGGAAUGAAAGAAAUGAACUACUACACAGUGCUGUUCGGUGUGUCCCGGGCCCUUGGUGUUCUCUCACAGCUGAUCUGGAGCCGUGCUCUGGGCUUUCCUCUGGAGAGACCCAAGUCCAUGAGCACGGAUGGGCUAAUUCGGCUGGUGGACGCCAAGUCUGGAUAAAAGAGAGAGAAGAACCCCUGCACCUGUUCAAAGAGGGGGUGGGAGGGG